AUGGACACCCCCAUCUGGGGAGGUCAAUCCCGGCACAGGUGGGCUCGGGUGGCCCCCACGCCUGCAGGCCUUUCCAGGAUUGCCCGAGGGGAGGGCGCCCAGCCGGCGGCGACCCUGGACCAGGCUGCAAGUGCGCCCAGACCGCCCCUCGGAAGACGCUCGGGGGAGGCCCCGGCCGGGGGUCUGGCCCUGGCCGCCAGCUUUUGUCACCGCUUUAGCCCCCCGGGGCACGUGGACACGGGUGUGUGUCCAGAAAGAGACCGUCACUUUCUCUCUAACUGUGUAGUUGGGGCUUCCCUGGAAGAAAUUACGGAAGAAGAGGAGGAGGAAGACGAAAGCAAAUCAGCUGUGCCAGAAGCUUCGGCGGCCAAGCUGAAGGAGGGCACCUUCCAGAUUGUGGGCACGCUUGCCAAUCCCAAGAGCACUCGGCCUGACUUUGCGGUGGAGACAUACUCGACCACCUCUCGAGAGGACCUUCUGCGGCGCCUGCUGGAGUGUGACGUCAUCGUCUACAACAUCACUGAGAGCGCCCAGCAAGCAGAGGAAGCCAUCUGGGCCGUUUCUGCCCUGAAUGAAGAAGUCAGCCACUUUGAAAAGCGAAAAGUGUUUAUUCUACUGUCCACGGUGAUGACAUGGGCGCGAUCCAAACCCCUGGACCCCGAGGACUCUGAGGUCCCAUUUACGGAGGAGGAUUAUCGAAGGAGAAGGCCUCACCCAAAUUUUCUGGACCACAUCAAUGCCGAAAAACUGGUUCUCAAAUUUGGAAAAAAUGUAAAAAAAUUUGCCACUUACGUCGUCGCUGCUGGACUUCAGUAUGGCGGGGAAGGUGGCAUCUUACACACUUUUUUUAAGAUGGCUUGGCUGGGUGAGGUCCCUGCGUUACCAGUGUUUGGCGACGGAACAAAUGUCAUUCCAGCGAUUCAUGUUCUCGAUCUCGCAGGAGUGAUACAAAACAUAAUCGACCACGUGCCAAAGCCUCACUACCUGGUCGCCGUGGAUGAGUCCGGUCACACCCUGGAAGACAUCAUCAAGUGUAUCAGUAAAACUACGGGUCCUGGGAAGAUUCAGAAGUUACCUAAAGAAAAUGCUUCCCUCAUCAAGGACUUAACGCAACACGGUCUCGACCACUUACUGGUCAACCUGAGAAUGGAGGCGCUCUUUGUGAAAGAGAACUUCAACAUCCGAUGGGCGGCCCAGGCAGGUUUCGUGGAAAAUGUCAGCAGCGUCCUCAGAGAGUACAAGGAGACCAGAGGACUCUUGGUAACUAUGACCCGCUCCUAUGACACUUGCAGUGUAUGCAAACGAAGCCAACUUUUAGUGUGA